AUGUCUGCAGUCACACUAUCAAAGUCCUUGCAGGUUGCGUUGCUCCAGUUCCACGCAGGAGCCGACAAGGCGGCUAACCUGAAAAAGGUGACCGAGUACAUCACGAGGGCCUUGGCACACACACCAAAACCGGACCUGCUGGUAUUGCCCGAGUGCUUCCAGUCCCCAUAUGCGGUCGACCAGUUCAAGAACUACGCGGAGAAGAUUCCAGAUGGUGAAACGACGCAGCUGCUGUCGCAAUUGGCAAAGAAGAACCGGGUAGCUAUCAUUGGCGGGUCGAUCCCUGAGUUUGACGAGUCUGACGGCGGGUUGUACAACACGUCGGUGGUGUUCAACCCUGCCGGUGAGGUUGUUGCGAAGCACAGAAAGGUGCACCUUUUCGACAUCAGCAUUCCUGGCGGGAUCACGUUCAAGGAGUCGGACUCGUUGAAACCAGGGAACAAAGCCACAGUUUUCGAGGUGCCUGAGCUCGAGACGGUGUUUGGGUUGGCCAUCUGCUACGACAUCCGUUUCCCUGAGCUUGCGAUGAUUGCCUCGCGGAGGGGCGCCGGGGUGAUGGCGUACCCGGGGGCGUUCAACACGGUCACGGGUCCUAAGUUCUGGACCAAGUUCGCCGUAGCCCGGGCCAUCGACAACCAGAACUACGUGCUCAUGUGUUCGCCGGCGAGAAACCCGGCCGGAGGCUACCAGGCGUACGGCCACAGCAUGGUGGUGGACCCAAGCGGCAACGUGCUCGUCGAGGCUGGUCACGACGAGGACAUUGUCUACGCGGAGUUGCAGAGGGACGUGGUUGAGGAGGCCAGGAGAAAUAUCCCCAUUUCUGUGCAGAGACGGUUCGACAUCUACGACGACGUCUCCAAGGACCCCGUUGUGUCUGCCCUGUAG